AUGUCGGAGCUGACGGCGCCCCGCCCGGCGAAGCCGCCGCUGUCGAUGAUGCGGUCGUGCUCCUCGGCGACGUCGGUGACGGGGAGCAGGAGGCGUCGCGGGCUGGGCUGCCUCGGCAAGGGCUACGGCACGCCCCAGUCGACGGCGCCGUCGAGCGCCGCGCCCUACGAGGAGAGCGGCGCGCCCAGCGACGUGGAGCUCGGCAUCACGUCCGAGUCCAAGUUCACGAUCGGCUACGCGUACCCCGCCGACGGCGGCGGCGACGACGUGUCGUCGCACCGCGUCGACUGGGACACGUCGUCGAGCUUCAACUCGCUCUCCGCGUCGCCCCACAAGGGCACCGUCGACGUCGACGCGUCCGUGGCCAUGUCCUACACCAGCGACGAGCUCACGACGAGUACGACGUACUACGUGCGGGUCCUGCCCAUCAACGCGGCGGGCUACGGCACCGCGUCCGCGACGCUGUCCGCGGCGCCCGCGCUCCAGGUCGCGGGCAUCCCGCGGCCCAUCUCCGUCGCCGGCGAGGUCGACGUCGAGCGGCUCUACCCGCGCGUGCCGCACCACGGCGUGCCCUGCUCGCACAACGGCGCGGCGAUCGUCUGUAUGGCCGGCAAAAACUGCGUCGCCAUCGCGAGCGACACGCGCUUUGGUUUGAGCCAGCAGACCGUGUCCUGCGAUUUCCAAAAGGUGUUCAAGCAGAGCGACCGGCUCUUCGUCGGCCUCGCGGGCCUGGCGACGGACGUGCAGACGCUGCGGAACACGCUGAAAUUCAAGCGCGAACCGGCGCUCGCGCUCUACGAGCUGCGGGAGGAGCGCGUGAUGAAACCCGAGGCCUUCGCGGCGCUCCUGUCGCACAUGCUCUACGAGAAGCGGUUCGGGCCGUACUUCGUCGAGCCCGUCGUCGCGGGCCUGAAGGACGACGGCUCGCCCUUCCUCUGCGGCAUGGACCUCAUCGGCGCGCCGGUCUACACGGACGACUACGUCGUCAGCGGCACCUGCACGCCCAACCUCAACGGCAUGUGCGAGUCGAUGUGGCGCCCGGACAUGGGGCCCGACGAGCUCUUCGAGACCAUCUCCCAGUGCCUCCUCGCCUCCGUCGACCGCGACGCGCUCUCCGGCUGGGGCGCGACGGUCCACGUCCUCACGCCCCAGGGCGCGGCGCUGAGCGCCUACAUGCACUUCUGCGGCGACGAGCGCGCGGCGGUGACCGCGUCCGUCAAGGCGGCCGAGGGCGCGGCGUUCAAGCAGACCAAGGUCAUGACGAAGCUCGGCGAGCUCUGGCGCGCCCUCGACGCGGCCACCGUCGACUCCUACAAGGCGCGCGCGGCCGCGGACAAGGAGCGCUACGACGCCGCGCUCGCCGCGGCCGGCAUCCUCACGCCGAAGCAGAAGAAGGCCUCCAAGCCCAAGCGGCCCCUGUCGGCCUACAUGCUCUUCUGCCAGGAGCGGCGGCCGGCCCUGACCGAGACGCUCAAGGCGUCCCUCGGGCCCGGCUUCAAGUACACCGCGGUGAUGACGAAGCUCGGCGAGGAGUGGCGGGAGCUCUCCGACGGCGCCAAGGUCAAGUACCAGGACAUGGCCGCCGCGGAGAAGGCCAAGGCCGCCUAGGGAGCGGCGGGCCUGACGACGCGCAAGAAAGAAGAGACCGCGCGGCCGGGCCGGGGACGGCGCCCGCGCGCGCGCGAGGCUACGCGAGUAUUAAGAUGCUCGAGAGC